CCCGCUCCAGCCGUCGCCACCAGCCAGCCGCUCCCGCUCCCCACAGGCAGCUAUGGCGUCGCUCACCGUGAAGGCGUACCUUCUGGGGAAGGAGGACGCGACCCGCGAGAUCCGCCGCUUCAGCUUCUGCUUCAGCCCGGGACCCGAGGCGGAGGCCGAGGCGGCGGCCCGCGGGCCCUGCGAGCGGCUGCUGGGCCGCGUGGCCGCCCUGUUCCCCGCGCUGCGGCCCGGCGGCUUCCAGGCGCACUACCGCGAUGAGGACGGGGACCUGGUUGCCUUUUCCAGCGAUGAGGAGCUGACGAUGGCCCUGGCAUACGUGAAGGAUGACCUCUUCCGGAUUUACAUUAAAGAGAGGAAGGAGUGCCGGCGGGACCACCGCCCCCCGUGUGCUCAGGAGGCACCCCGCAACAUGGUGCACCCCAAUGUGAUCUGCGACGGCUGCAACGGCCCCGUGGUGGGCACCCGGUACAAGUGCAGCGUCUGCCCUGACUACGACCUGUGUGCCGGCUGCGAGGGGAAGGGCGUGCACCGCGAGCACAGCAAGCUGGCCUUCCCCAGCCCCUUCGGGCAUCUCUCCGAGGGCUUCUCUCACAGCCGCUGGCUCCGGAAGCUGAAGCACGGCCACUUUGGGUGGCCUGCCUGGGAGAUGGGCCUGCCUGGGAACUGGAGCCCACGUCCCCCUCGGGCGGGGGACCCCCAGGCCAGCCCCACAGCAGACUCUGCUUCUGGUCCAUCGGAGGAUCCCAGUGUGAAUUUCCUCAAGAACGUGGGGGAGAGCGUGGCAGCUGCCCUCAGCCCCCUAGGCAUCGAGGUGGACAUUGACGUGGAGCAUGGAGGGAAGAGAAGCCGCCUGACGCCCGUCUCUCCAGGCAGCCCCGGCGCAGAGGAGCGGUGCAGCUCUCAGCCAGGAAGCUGCUCUUCUGACUCCAGCAAACCGGACGACGCCAUGGAGGGAGCCGCACAGGCUCUGGCGAAGCAAAUAAACAAGAUCACGCUGCAGUCGGGUGUGCAGCCCGAGGCAAGCUCCUCCUGCCUCCCCCAGACCCCCCCCCCAUGGCCCCUCCCAGCACUGACAGCCAGGGCCCAGUUCCAGCGCAGAGAGCAGAUGGAGUCUGACAACUGCUCGGGAGGAGACGAUGACUGGACUCAUUUAUCUUCAAAGGAAGUGGACCCGUCGACAGGCGAACUCCAGUCUCUACAAAUGCCCGAGUCUGAAGGGCCAAGCUCUCUGGACCCUUCCCAGGAGGGACCCACAGGGCUGAAGGAAGCCGCCGUGUACCCACAUCUGCCGCCAGAAGCUGACCCCCGGCUCAUUGAGUCCCUCUCCCAGAUGCUGUCCAUGGGGUUCUCUGAUGAAGGCGGCUGGCUCACCAGGCUCCUACAGACCAAGAAUUACGACAUUGGGGCUGCCCUGGAUACCAUCCAGUAUUCAAAGCACCCGCCGCCCUUGUGACAGCUGUUCUCCGUCACCUGACCCCUUUCUGGUCUCAGUGUGUAGAGCUUGCUAGAACCCCAUGCCUCUAAGGGCCAGUUACUUUGCAUUUUUCUUUCAGAACCGGGGUGGGAUGCAUGAAGCCAUUUAGGGCAGUAGGGCAAGGACAGGAGGGAGUUCCCAGCCUUGUGACUAAGGGGAGAGAGGAAGUGAGGUGCAACCAGGGUGGGCCGGGGGUCUCCUCCCAUCUCCCUGCUCUCUGCCCGCCAGGAUAUCACCAACAGCCCAGAAUCCAUCUUGCCUAAGGGUUGCUUUUUCUUUUUUUAAGUGACUAAUAGUAACUGAUGUGUAGCUGAUUUCCUCAGAGUUCAGCUGGAACAGGAGGAGGUUGUCCUGCAGCAAGUACGGGAGGGCAGGCCCCCUCAGGGCACAGACGGGGCUGGCAGGCACCCAGGGUGGUCACUGAGCACUGCCUGUCUCUCAACCAUUGUAGCUCUCAUUUCCAAAUCUGUCACCUGCUUUUAAAGUAAGAAGAUCCUUUGUAGUUAUUGUGUGAGCAUAUCUGUAAACCAACUGCAAUUAAAUGGUGUAAGCACUUUUAAUCCAA